AGAAAGAGAGAGAGAGAGAGAGAGAGAGAGGGAGGAGAGCUCCGUCUCUCCCGGUGCACUUGGCAGUCUAGUUGCGGGCUGCUGUGCUGUUGCUGUCGUGGCGUGGCUGGUCGCGCCAGGCGGGGGAACUUCACCACACUGGAGCCCGGAGUCCCACUCUCUCACCUGCGCAGUUCGGAGCUGCCAUGGGUCUCUCGCCUGGAUUUACUGUCCUGAUCCUUCUGCCGGCCUUUCUGCUGCACACCAGCGGCCUUUACAUCGCCAGUAGCGUUGACUCCCUGCAGCAUGUACUGGGGGAGUAUGGACUGGUGAGGCCAAUCAGUGUGGACGCAGAGGGCCGCUUCCUGUCGCACGCAGUCUCGGCUGACCAUAUGGCAGGAGGGCAGUCCCGUAGGCGCCGGAGGAGGGAGGUAGGAGUAGGCAAUGAUGAGUGGGAAGGACCAAGAGGAGUCGAGGAGGACCAAGAGCCCGUGGGCCGUCAGGAAAGACUUUACUACAAUGUCACCGUCUUCGGCCGGGAGUUCCACCUGCGUCUGCGCCACAAUGCCAGGCUGGUGGCCCCCGGAGCCAAGAUUGAGUGGCACGAUGACAGCGACAGCACUCGGCACUCUGAGCCACUGCAAGACGAAUGCCUGUACGUGGGUGACAUCCCAGACACACCAGGAGCCACCGUGGCUAUCAGCAACUGUGACGGCCUGGCCGGAAUGAUCAGGACGGAGCAAGAGGAGUUUUUUAUCGAGCCGGUGGAGAGGGGCGAUGGAGUCAUAGAAGAGGAGGCGCAGGGAGGAGGAGGAAGGACGCACAUCGUCUAUCGCUCCUCAGCUGUGAAGAAGGCGCCCAUCGACAGCGAGGCGGCAGACUUCCACGCCAGAGGUGCUGACCUCGGUGGUCUGAUGGACCUGGAGUCCCUGUACCGCGGCGUGGAGCAGAGCAUCAACCACACGCGAGCAGGGCGAAUGCGCAGACAGACGCUGGACAGGGCCUACAACAUUGAGGUGCUGCUGGGCGUUGACGACUCAGUGGUCCAGUUUCACGGGAAGGAGCACGUCCAAAAGUACCUGCUCACACUCAUGAACAUCGUGAAUGAGAUCUACCACGACCAGUCUUUGGGAGCAACGAUCAACGUGGUGCUGGUGCGGAUUAUCAUGCUGGGCUACGGCAAGUCCAUGAGUCUGAUCGAACUGGGGAACCCAUCUCAGAGUCUGGAGAACGUGUGUCGCUGGGCCUUCCUGCAGCAGAAGCAGGACACAGGGGACGCCGAGUAUCACGACCACGCCAUCUUCCUCACGCGACAGGAAUUCGGCCCCACGGGAAUGCAGGGUUACGCCCCAGUGACAGGCAUGUGUCACCCUGUGAGGAGCUGCACUUUGAACCACGAGGAUGGCUUCUCCUCUGCCUUCGUGGUGGCACACGAGACCGGACACGUGUUGGGGAUGGAGCACGACGGCCAGGGGAACCGCUGCGGAGACGAGGUGCACAUGGGCAGCAUCAUGGCCCCGCUGGUGCAAGCUGCCUUCCACCGCUUCCACUGGUCCAGAUGUAGCAUGCAAGAGCUGGGACGCUACCUGCAAUCCUACGACUGUCUCCGUGACGACCCCUUCGACCACAACUGGCCCUCCCUGCCGCAGCUCCCUGGUUUGCACUACUCCAUGAACGAACAGUGUCGCUUCGACUUUGGUGUGGGCUACACGAUGUGCACCGCGCUACAAAAGGCGGGCCAGUCAGGAACGCAGUAUCGCACAUUUGACCCAUGUAAGCAGCUGUGGUGUAGCCACCCAGACAAUCCCUUCUUCUGCAAGACCAAGAAAGGACCACCCAUUGAUGGCACCAUGUGUGGGAACGGGAAGCACUGCUUUAAAGGUCACUGCAUCUGGUUGACCCCCGACAUCAUAAAGCAAGAUGGAAACUGGGGUUCGUGGACUGAGUUUGGCCAGUGCUCCCGCACCUGUGGUGGAGGAGUACAGUUUCGCACUCGUGACUGUGACAAUCCAAGACCAGCCAACGGGGGCCGUACCUGUGUUGGGGCGACUUACCAGUUUCAGAUAUGCAACUCCGACGAAUGCCAGGAUAUCUACAGCGACACGCGGGAGGAGCAAUGCCACGCUUGGGACCCUCGCUUUGAGCUCCACAGCAACAAGCACCACUGGCUGCCUUAUGAACACACAGACCCUAACAAACGCUGCCACCUGCACUGCCAAUCCAAGGAGACUCGGGAUGUGGUCUUCAUGCAGAGGAUGGUCCUGGACGGCACACGCUGCUCAUACAAGGACCCGCACAGUGUGUGUGUGCGUGGAGAGUGCGAGAAAGUGGGCUGCGACGGUGUGGUCGGCUCCUCAAAGCAGGAGGACAAGUGCGGAGUGUGUGGCGGUGACAACUCCAGCUGCAAAACCUUCAAAGACACCAUCACACGCACGGCCAAGAAACAAGGAUUCCUCAAAGUUCUUGAAAUCCCCAGAGGAGCGAGACACCUCCUGAUCCAAGAGCUUAAAGCAACUUCACACACUUUGGCUGUGAAGAACGUGGCAUCGGGACUGUUCUUCCUGAACGGAGAAAAUGAAUACCCAGAAUCCCACUCGGUCAUAGAGAAGGGCGUGGAGUGGGAAUAUGAGAACGACAACGACAAGGAGACGCUUCAGACCACUGGCCCGCUCAGACAUGGAAUUCUCAUCAUGAUGAAAUUAUACGGGGAUGAGGAUGUGAAUUUGUCUUAUAAAUACAUGAUGAACAUGGACAGUGACUCUGCCAUUCUGAACAACAUGCUGGUGGAAGACAGUGCCUACGAGUGGGCCCCAAAGAGAUGGUCCUACUGCUCCAAGCCCUGUGGUGGAGGGAAACAGUACCUGCGAUACGGCUGCAGAAGAAAGGUUGACAGUAAGAUGGUCCACAAGAGCUUCUGUAACAAGUCCAACAUGAAGCCUAGAGGAGACACCAGAGACUGCAACCAGAAGCCCUGCCCUCCACCCAUCUGGGUGACGGGCGAGUGGCAGAACUGCAGCAAACCAUGCGGAAAGACGGGCAUGCAAAUACGCUCGGUCAGCUGUGUCCAGCCGUCAGACGACAACACCACGCGCUCCAUUCACAAUAAACACUGCAACGACGACCGGCCCGAGGCCCGCAGGCCCUGCAACCGGCAACCCUGCCCCACCCAGUGGCGAGUCGGGCCGUGGUCACAGUGCUCGGUGUCAUGUGGCAACGGGACCCAGCAGAGACAGGCUCUGUGCCACACCAGGGACAACAACAUCGGCCUGUGUCUGGACACCGUCAGAGUCUGCCGCAUGGAUCCGUGUCCCAAGGGCUCAUCCGACCUCAACAAGAACGGCAACAUCCUGAUCCAGUGGCUGUCUCGCCCCAACACCAACACCAACUACCCGAAGAUCUCCUCACGCCAGCGUUGUCAUGGAGACCGCUCCAUGUUCUGUCGUAUGGAGGUGCUGAAGCGCUAUUGCUCUCUACCGGACUACCAGCGCAUGUGCUGCAAGUCUUGCAGCAAUGUCACCAUUCCAGAGCCUCUUCCCAACUCCUCCUCCAGGUCCACUCCCGUCACCUCUAUCCAUCCCACUGUCAGAGCUCCUCCACCCACCAGCACCCUCAGUGCUGGUUUCACCACCAUCCAACCCACCAAACCUCUCAUUACCACCAUAUCUGCUUCGACUACCAACUCCUGGACCAUCACUCAUUCUAGCACCCCCGUCCCUGUUCCUCAUUCCACCCCAACCUCACUCAGCACCACUGACAUGAUUGCAAGUCAUCCAUCAGCUGCCACCAGUGCUCCUGUUGUCCCUACCGCCUUUUCCAUGGCAACCACCUCCGUUACUACCGCCUCUCCCAGUAUUACUGCUCAUCGCCUGCCUCUGCCGGUCCCAGACACAGAUGAAAGCACAGAUCCAAAGUUACAAAGCGCUACAAAUAGUCCAAAAACAUCUGGAAUAAUAACUACCAUAGACCUGUCUGCAGCCACCAGUCCAACAAUCACAAUUCCAGCAGAAUUUAGCACAAAAACAGACUCCCCACUGAAAUCCAAGCCCAAAAAGAAUAUUCCUCCAAAGAAAAAACCCAAAAAGGUGAUUCCACCAAAGAUUAAUCCCAAAAAGAAUACUGCGCUGAAAAAUACGACAAGAAAAGCUGUUCCGGCAAAGAACAAGCCAAAAAAGAAAACAAUUCCUGCACCAAAAAAGAAUACCUUUGUGAACAGAAAUCCCCAAAAUAAUUCACCAGAAAAAACAACUGCCCAAAACAUUACUCCAGCAAACACUACUCCAAAAAAGACAUCCCCCAAAAAGACUACUCAAGAAAAGACCACUCCUAAAAAGACCACUCCUAAAAGGACAACUCCUAAAAAGACCACUCCUAAAAGGACAACUCCUAAAAAGACCACUCCUAAAAGGACAACUCCUAAAAAGAACACUCCUAAAAAGACUACUCAAGAAAGGACAACUCCUAAAAAGAGUACUCCAGAAAAACCACCUCCCAAAAAGACCACGAUAGUUAAACAUACUCCUGAGAAAAAACCCAAAGCCAAGGUUCCACCAAAGGCCGGUUCCAAAAAAAACAUUCAGCCAAAGACAAAAGUGACAAAACAAACUCAAACCAGGAUAAACAACAAAAAGAGCCCAAAGCCGGGACCCCGAAAUGCUACAGACUCACAAGGCCUAGUAAAAAAGACUAUUCCAAAAAAGAAAACACUUGUGUCUUCUUAUUCCACCACAACUCGAUCUCCCUAUAGCCUGGAACCAUCACGAGAGCACUUCUCUUCUAGCACCAGUGUGUAUGAUCCAUCCCCUGUUCCUGAGUCAGGAGUCAAUGUCACUUUUAUCAGUAACAACACAGCAGCUACAGAAGAACCUCCGCUGUGGUUUCAUGAAAGCAAAGACACUGGAGAGACAACACCCGGCGUGUUUGACGAUCUCGCAACACCCACUGGUAUUACAAAGUUUGACGAUGUCACAAUGCCCAGUGGAACCUUGCCGCCUGGUGAUGUCCAUAUGAUAAGCAGCGGUGAUGUCACAGUAACCAGCGGGACUAUUCUCAGUGGCGAUGACAUCACAGUGUCCUACGGCAAUGUUGGACUGGUCAGCGACACCAUUGUGCUUCACGACGGCCUCACCAUGGUGAUCCCGACCAUCAACAGUGAGGACAUGACAGAUCUUGCCUCCACACCCUGGCAGGACCUGUCUGAGUACAUCCCUGUGAGUGUUCCCACGACAACCCCUGAGCCCAUCAUCAACUCGCCUCCCACCACCAUCUAUAAGUCAACGGAUAAACCAGCCAUCACAACCGCCACAAGCUUUACUGGAAAAGCUGAGGAGAACAGAGAGAACAACUCCAUCGAUCUCUCGUACAACAGGAUCGUCGGCGUAGACAAUGACAUCUCUCGGAACAACCUGAUCCCAAAGCGCCGGGUCAAUCUCCGAGAAAGAACCAGGAACAAACGCAUUCAGGAGCUUCUAGAGGAGAAGCGGAACUUUCUCCUGCGGAUGAAGAGAGGCCACGCAGCACGAUAGACCAAGCCUUCUCAUUUCUCUUAUAGAGAUGAACGUUUUCUUUACAGACAUUUGUAAGCAUUUUUUAAACCCCUGUGUGAGCUGCCAUGAUGCUUUCUAUCAGGCCUUUCACAAAAAACAACAAACUCUCUGUCACAUCAGGACAAUCAGGACUAUCAGGACUCCUGCAGGGAGAGAAUACGAUGGCCACAUGUUUGAACAGUUGCUUUGAAUAGUGAAAAGCCCUUUAGAGAACAGACUGUUGCAGGUUUGAAGCAAAUCGCUUCACCUGUGUAAACACAAUAAUGACAGACAGAAGGGAUAAAACCUCCAGUUGGACAGCACUUUAAAAAGCCAAGCUUGUAUCCCUCUAAACCACCUACAGUCCUGUUUGAGGAUUCACUCAAUGGAUGAUGUAGAUAAGAUGUAAUGGAGUUUGUAGAAUGGUAUUAUCUGUACUGGCACUUAUGGUUGCAACAAAAUCUACAACCUAGAAUCCAAAUCUUCAUCUGAUAUUAAAUUACAGCCCAGGACUGCAGCUCAUUUCCCCCAAACAGAUAUGAAUACCUCUCAGCUCCCUAAUAACAGCUGCUGUAGCACUGGAUGAAAAUGUUGUUAAGUGGCCAGCACUCUGAAAACCACACACACAUAAACACACACACACAUAAACACACACAAACACACACAGUUGGAGCUUUCGGAGACCUUAAUAAUUGUAAUGCCAAACAAUCAGAAAGUCAAAGUGUCCCUUUGGUUAAAUCACAUUGUGAACGUUUACACUGCUUGGAUCGUGUUGCCUUUUCAAAAGCAAACCGUCUGUCAGACUGCACAGGGUCUGUCACCUCUCAGGAAGUUAAGAUACAGUGUGGAGGUCUGGUGAGAGACUUUUCUCAAACCCUUGGUGCUUCAUGGAUUUUGAUGAUAUAUUUUGAUAUCUCACUAAACCAAGAGGAAAAAAGUAUAUUUUAUUGCCUUUUUUUGUUUUUAUUUGUAAUGGCCAGUCGAGGAUGAUGCUUUUUUAGUCAGUUUUGCUAAAAGCAAUGUCCACCAUGAAUUCAUUUAUGUACAAAGAAUACAAAAAGUAUACUACGCCUGUUUGUAUUAACUGUAUCCACAUAGAAGCUUUGAGGGUCAGUAUAUUUUCUUUUCUAGAAGUUUUAUUAUUGGUACAUCUCCAACUUGCAGCAGCUGCAAUGGCACCUACGGAUCUUUCUGUACGAUAUCUGUACAUAUGAAACUUAAAGUUUAAUAUUUAUUAAAGUUUUAGUGCCUGUGGAAUUUUGCAAA